AUGUCUCGGUAUAAAAUGAAGAGCAGCCCCUCCAGGGGAAUCACAGCUAACACUGCAGUCUAUGCGACCUUCACCUGCACAGACAUGGCUCCUUGCUCAGCCGCCUACUCCUCCAUUCACCACAUCAGGAUCUCUGAGAAGGACACCAUCAAAUUGAGAAAACCUUUUGUGGAGAAAAUGCGGAGAGAUCGCAUCAACAGCUGCAUCGAGCAACUCAAGAUCAUCCUGGAGAAGCAGUUCCACAAGAAGGAGCCCACCUCCAAGCUGGAGAAAGCCGACAUCCUGGAGAUGACUGUGAGCUUCCUGAGGCAGCAGCUACAGCCGCGCCUCGCCGACAGCGACCACAGGCACGGCUUCUCUGACUGCUGGGAGGACUCCGUGCACUUCCUCUCUGCUGCACCCGACACAGAGGGCCCCGUCACUCCUCCGCGUGGCCUUCAGCGGCAGAAACAGAAGCUCCAUCCGGUCCAGAGAGCUGGCAGCAGCGCACCAGUGUGCUCCACCCUCAGGCCCACCGCGCUGCAGGACAGCAGCAGCAGAGUGGAGAGCGUGUGGAGACCUUGGUAGAGACUUUGACACACAGAGACAGAGACUUGAGGGGACGCUCCCUCACUGUGUAGGAAAUAUAUUCCCAGCCUGCUCAUUCGUGAAGCGUUUCCUCAUUGUCUCAUCACAUUGAUGGACAAGGAGGAAAUGCAAAGGCUCUUACUUAUUUGCUUUGACUUUGAAUCACAUUUGAUGUUUGCUUUUCCGUUGAGUUUAAAGCUGGAGGUUGAUAUUGAGUGAUAUUCUUGUGAAAUGACGUUUGCUCCAGUGGAGUUUAUCUUUUGUCUGUUUGAUAUAAUGUUGUCUGCCAUACUGUGUUAUACUGACAGCUGCUGUUGAGAAUAUUUCUCUUCUCUUUUGAAAUUUCUAUGCCAAGUUCUAUGUAUGUGGUUGAUGAUAAAUGGAUGUUCGUAUUCAUGUUUGUGUUGAUAUUGCUGUCGUGCUAUCAUAUUUAGGCUCUUGUACAUUUGUAUGACAAUUAAAAAUAAAAAGAUACAAUCAAUAAAAACGCUGCUU